AUCGAUUAACCACUCUGCUGUUUUAUCAGCAAAUGGUCCUCAGCUGGGAAGUAACCGUAGGCUUUUUGGUUGCUUUGUCUUCCUUCCGACAUUUUGCUAAACUCGUCUUGGCAUUUUCGAAACAACCGCCUCCCCGUGUUUGUUCACAUGGCAACAUAUGGCUAAGCAGCUCCACUUGUUUUUAUUUCAUCGCCGGUCAUGGAGUCGCCGCUGUUUGGACACACAGUUUAUUUUCCCGUCGCGGGUGAGGCGGCGGACCCGGCGAAGUGCGACACUCUUCCGCAGAGAACGCACUUCUACCUCGGGGAGAGAGUCUAUUUUCUACUGGUUCUGCGUCAAGGAAGUUUGUUGAGGGCAAAGCAAAUGGACGACUUGUUCGCCGUGGCGACCGUUGGCGCCCAGCUCGACGCUAAUGAGAGCGUCGAAGAAGAAGGAGAAGCGGAGGAGGACCGCAGAAGAAGAAGCGGCCGAGCAGAACACCGGAAGUUCGUCGAGUGCUGCCCGCUUCUCGGCCACAGCAAUGCACGUCAUAGAAUGGAACCGGUCAAGUCGACGCCGUUGUCAGAAGAACAGGUUUCCUUCCGCCUUACGGUUUGUUUGGACGAGCUUCCGGUCAACACGGUCCGAGCCGAGAUUGUCGUGAGCGUGUGGGAGCGAGACGAAGACCUUGCGGUGUCGAGUCCGCACGGCUGCCUCGGUCUCCUGCAGCUCCGCUCGCCCGCGCGCGCUUUCGGGGACCACCUCAACAAAUUCAAGGCACAGGUCGGCGCCACGCUGAACGUUCUGCCGCCCCCCGCCGUCGGGUGUCGGCAGCUGACCGUCUCCGGAAAACACCUGACGCUCCUCAAAGGUCUGGCGCGUUUGCGAGCUCCCGGCUUGACGGCCGCCCUCUCGCCCUCAGUGCUGAACGGCGGCUCUCGAGACGAGCUUUGCAUCGCAGACGCGAGGGUCCUUCCCGACUUCAACUCGCGCUACCUUCCCAUGAUGCCCGACGGUUCCGUUCUUCUCGUCGACAACGUCUGCCACCAAUCGGCCGAGGUGUCCACGGCGUCGUUCUACCGCGUGGAGAGCGAGCGGUCGCGCCUCCCGAGCUCGCUCGGCGCCCUGGAGGAGCACAACUUCCUGUUCCGGCUGCAGCUCCGGGACAAAGACGACGGCCGGUCCUGUGAGGGUUUGGAAGUCCCCCUGGUCGCUGUGUUACGAUGGCGCCCGUCAACGGCCCCCGACACGAGACACAUAUCCACGUUUUACUCGCUGCCCAGCAUCCGCUUGAAUCGUCCUCGACUGGUGAUGACCGCUUCCUGUCCGAGCGCCGUCAGGCCUCGCGAGAGCUUCCCAGUCAAGUACACCCUGACGAACGACCUGCACGACUUCCUGUCCGUUCGGCUGCGCUGGAAUUCUGAGGGUGAGCUCUCCCGGCCCGGGUGCGAGCCUCCGUUUUCGUCCUCUCUUUGUGCAGCCGACGGACGCGGAGGCCACCGGGCCCCUGAGGCGGCGGCGGUGUGCCGGUCUCCCUUCACCGACCUGGGACGAUGCCGGAAGGGCUCCAGCAUCUCUUUCACCGCCACCUUCCAAAUCCUCGGAACGGGACUCUUUGAGCUAAGCCAGCACAUGAAACUGAAGCUCCGGUUCACGGCGCCGCCCGAGGAGCCCCGCUCGCCGGCCGACGGCGGCGCGGGACGAUCCCUGAGCUUCUCCCACCGCCCGCCGCCUUCCAGACCGCAACACGUCAGGACGGGCAGCGCGGCGGAGCGUCCGUUCGGCGGUCCCGCUGACGCGCCUCCCGAGCAGAGCCUGAUUUCCCCGGACAAGGUCGCUAAAAGACCGUGUAAGGUGUUUGUGCUGGAGCACAUCAGCAGGUAAAGAAAAGACAUUUUCAGUCGGGCGCUGCUGCAUUGGCGGCCAUUUUGGUCAAAUGGCCUUCCCUUCAUCCAUUCGCUCGUUAGGGCGCGCUUCCACACGCGGCUCAAUUUUGCCUUCCGACCUCAGGACACGUUGACACGUGCGGCCCAUUCAAACAUGUUUUCUAUUAUAGAGUGGGAUACAUCAACCCAGCUAAAGUCUUUACACUGUUUUUUUUUUGUAUUCUCUAUUUAUUUUAUUUAUUUGUAAUCAUUUGAAUUUGUUCUACUCAUUUCAAAUGCUUGAUACAGUGUGCAUAGCACAUAAAUCCACGUUUACCUGCUUAGAUUUUUUGAAAUUUAUCAAAAUGUAAAAUUUCUCGUUAAUGAGUGACUUGUCGAUCUUAUCUCUAUCAUUUAUUCUCUGAAUAUUUUGACGUAUUUUCCUGUAAAACCAAUAUUUAGCUUUUGCACAUGAGAUUAUAUUUUGGGUAAAUUACAACUAUUCUAAUAUUAGCUUUUUUCCCCCCACAUAAUAUGUCUUUAUUUUCAUACUUAAAACAUCGCCAUACAAUUCCGACUUUCUCUUAAGACUAAAAAUGACAAAGAUAAGACAAAUAUUCUCAUCAAAUUAUGACUUAACUGUCGUAAUACUAUUUAUUUUUGAUGUCAUUUCCAGAAUGAUUAUUUCGGUGUGUUCGAAUCAUUUCAUUGCUUGAAAUACUGUUUUGAAAUGUAUAUUUAAGGUUAAAUAGCACGUCGAGCCACCGUUACCCGCUUACGGACAUAUUUUCUCGUAUUAGGUCAACGUUUUUUUUUUAUUGUAAAAUUAUGACCGUCACAAAACAUUUUUGUUUACAACAUCUCAAUGUUUUAUUUUUUUCUAGUAUAAAAAAUUGCAUCUGUAUUUCAACUUUUAUUUUUUUGCUUGGUACAUCAUUUUGAAAUGUAUAUUUAAUGAUAAUUAGAAAAAUAAGCCAUGUUUACCAGCAAAGCAAUGUGCAUUUUUGUUGUUUGUCUAUUUUAAGAAUCAAAAUGUGAAUUUCGUUUCCUUUUUUUGGAAACGCAUGUCAGUAAAUUGAUAAAUAAAAGAAACCCAAAAGGUUGACUUAACA